AGCCGUCCCAGCGUCCCCUCCUUCGCCUGAAACCCCAUCAUGCUCUGCUUUAUUAGAUAGCUCUUCUUGGCUCGCUGACCCGCAGGCAACUAUAUGUAUUCAAUUUGGUCGGCAUCAUGCUUCCAAUUGCUAUACGACGUGCUCCUUCCCCCCUGUCGCUUGGCUUGAAGUCCGCACCGGAGUGAAUCGACUAUGCGAUGUUCGGAAAGCUUACCACGAUGUAGUGGCGAGAAGAAGCCUCCGCAAACUGGCGACGCAUCAACGACUUCUUGCAGGGUCGCCUUCCGCUAGCCGAGAAUUGAACCGCAGUUGCCACUCGCAAUAUCUACUCUGAUAGAACCUGUGCGGCUGCCUACGCCAAGGCCCAUCCUCAGCAUAGCCUCACUCACUGGCGUGCUGCUUAGCGAUGUGCACCGAUCUGCCAAUAUCCCCAGUCAAUGGAAUCCGCGUCGAUAGCAGCACAGCAGAGUUAUAACUACGGCGUUCACGCAUCCUGAACGUUGACCAUCAUGUCAGACACCCUGCAAACGCUGCAGACAGUAUUCAAUGUUGCCCUUAAUACCCUAGAGGCCAUCCCAGACCCCAUAUCGUCGGCAAUUACUGCAGUAGUACAUCAGAUAUGGAACGCUGUACAACAGGCAAACCAAAACAAGCAUCAGAUGAGAGUGCUGUUCCAGCACAUCUGCGAACUACUCAGUUCGCUGGGAUCACCGCAGAACUUCAAUGACCAAGCAAUCCAGAAAGCAGUCAGCGUGCUUGUACGCAAUCUGGAGAACGUGCUCAAGUUCGUCGUUUCGGAGCAGCGGAAGACUUUUCUCAAGUCGAUGCUCACAGCCGACGACCUGAAGCUCAAGAUAGAGGAACACCAGCGUCACAUCAGCACUGCCUGUCUCGGUUUCCAGAACGCGGCGCUGCUGACUGCGAACAAAAAGCUCGACGAUCUCAUGGAGCGCCUCAACUCACACGCGGAUCAGCAGGCAGCGACAGCGGCGCAGCAGCUCGCGCUGCAGCAAGAUAUGGCAGAGAAUCUACAGAUGCUGCGCUCAGCGGUGACGAGCACCGCCUUCCUCGAUGAACUGCUCGGGACGGUACAGGCGGAUCCGACGCACAUGAUGACCGCCAUGCAGGCAGUGCUUGAGCGAGAGGAGAGCGGCCAGACCCGGCUCCGGCGGGAAGAAAUCGAAUUCUUGCGUGCUGGUGUCAAGCGGCUGUCGGUGCAGACGCAAGGGAAGAAGGUCAAGAUCAAGAGCUGGACCGUUACUGGUUUCGAAGUUGAGCGCGGGUUCUUGUUGGGUUCGGAUAUCAGCUCGACGAUCCGAGUUGGACGAUGGCUUGGAAAGGUAGUGAGUAUCUUGGAGAUGAGAGAUAUCCAGACAACUUUGGAUUUUGUCAAGUUGUGGAAAUCUCUCCGCAGCACGCGGAUUCAAGGAAUGUUGGGAGCCUCGACAACAGAUUCUCCCCCAUUUAUUCUUCUACCAUACGCUCCAGAUAAUGUUCUGGACUAUCUGAUAAAGACACCUGCACCGGACUACCUCAGAUUGGUGUCGGAGAUCGCUCGAGGACUUGAUUAUCUCCAUCAUCGAGAUCCGCCUGUCAUUCAUGGCAGCAUUAGACCGGGUGUAGUCCAUGUGGAUUCGCAGGGGAACGUUACCCUCAGCUGCAUCGCCAUUCAUCGGACGCACCUCGCGCCCAUGGACCUUGCCACGACAAUGAAACUGCACAACGCGCUAUCGCCAUGGCAGGCACCCGAGCUACCGGCUACCGGCCCCACCCCCGCAGCCGACAUCUAUGGAUACGGGUUGCUCCUUUCAUCCAUGCUCACUAUCCUCCUGGAUAAGCACUCGAGCUCACCCUUCGAUGGCGAGGCGCUCUUGCGACGACUAAUAGACGGCUGUCUUGAACCGAUGCCCGAAGACAGAUCAACUACGUCAGAGAUUUUGCAAAUAAUCUCUGCGACCAACCCCGUUGUACGCGACGGUGACAUGUUUACGGCCCAGCCCUCUUUGGUCGUCGACCCCCUACCGGAAGGCGUCGCAGAACACUGGCGGCUGGUCCCCAUUAUGAGGCGUGCUUACGGAGUCGUCAUUCAGAACAUAGACGCCAUUUAUCUCAGUACUGCGCCCAUCGAUGGUACAAGUGACAACCCUCUGAGAAGACUCAGUUUCGAAAUCCGGUGCCACGACCAAGGCGAGGAAGGCACCACGGCAAGGCCGCAGGACGGCGCGUACGCGUGGAUGGAAGUCGCACUAUGCCGACCCACUGUAACCGAAUCAGGCCUGAAAACUGUCCACGUCGAUUUCGAGGAAGAAUGUCCAGGAGCCUACAGAGGACACAUGAUCGAGCCAACCCGAUGGGAGGUCGUGCGCUGUCCGUUCGCUGACAAAGCUCCGCGUACGCAUCGUAUCAACUUCGACCACUUGCACCCGGUUGUUCGUUUGGCAAAGAAAGGAGAUCGUAUUCAUCUUUACCCGAAGGCACUGUGAGUUUGCAUUCUAUCUUGCGUAGUACGGGCGGAAACUAAACAUAUUAUGCAGCUUUCCUGGAUGGGCCUGCUUCAUCUACUCAGCUGAAAUCCAUGUUGUCACGGAAUAUUGAACGGCAAAGAUCUUAAUGCGGAAGUACCCAAGUGUGAACCAACGGACCAUAUCCCACCCCGACUGUUGUACUUGUACAUGCUAUUUAUAUAUUGCUGCUCUGUUCAGUCCUCAGCGCGCUUUCGACCCGAGAUCCUUGAGGACUUCCUUCGAAUGCUCCUUCGCCUGCUUGCUAGUAUUGGGGUUGUUCAAGUUUGCCUGUAAAGGGCGCCAAAUUGAGCACUAUCCACA